GCUCCACGGCCGCGGGUGUGAGGGGCGGGCCCAGGCUUCGGCCCGCGCCGCCCCAUGUGACCCGGUCCGACAUGGUGUCGCCUCCUCCCGGGGCGGGGGCGGCGGCGGCGGCGGCGGCAGCUCGGGCCGGGCUCCGCGUCGGGCCGGCCCCGCGGCCGCUCAUGGGCAGCCGGGGCCGCUUGGGGUCCUCCGGGAACGGCGGACCAGGCGAGGGCGAGAGCGGGGAGGCGAGGAAACUGCAGGAAGGGAGGUUCGCGAGGGGGAAGCGAAGGAAGGGGAAGGGAAAAGCCGGAGCAGGGCAAGGCGGAAGAGGAAGCGGGGCAGAAGGGAAGCCGGAGCCGCAAACGGCGAAGGAGGCAGCGGGGCUGGGAAUCGAGGCGGGAGCUAAGGCAGGCCCAGCGGAGGAAGGAGAGGGCGGCGGAAGCGUGGAGGAAGGGGCGAGAAGGAUUAUAAGGGGAGAUGAAGGGCGCUCAGAGGCGGGCAAGGAGGCCAAAGGGAGAGACGAUGGGAAGAAGGAGGAAUGGAGGGUCAGGACCGGGCGGCGGGAGGACGCCAGGCCAGGGAGAGCACAGGGACGAGCGGGUCAGGCUUGGGGCCGCCCCGCGGGAGCAGGGGCCGCCAUGGCAGCGGAAGCCGAGGAGGAGGCGGCGGCUCGGGAGUCGGCCGGCCGCCCCGCCGCUGGCCCCGCGCUCUGGCGCCUGCCGGAGGAGCUGCUGCUGCUCAUCUGUUCCUACCUGGACAAGCGGGCCCUCGGCCGCCUGGCUCAGGUGUGCCGCUGGCUGCGGCGCUUCACCAGCUGCGACCUGCUCUGGCGCCGGAUAGCCCGGGCCUCGCUCAACUCCGGCUUCACGCGGCUCGGCACCGACCUGAUGGCCGGUGUACCUGUGAAGGGACGAGUAAAGGUGUCUCAGAACUGGAGGCUGGGGCGCUGCCGACAGGGGAUCCUGAUGAAAUGGAGAUGCAGUCAGAUGCCCUGGAUGCAGCUAGAGGGUGAUUCUCUGUACAUAUCCCAGGCUAAUUUCAUCUUGGCCUAUCAGUUCCGCCCAGAUGGUGCCAGCUUGAACCGUCAGCCCCUGGGAGUCUUUGCUGGGCAUGAUGAGGACGUUUGCCACUUUGUGCUGGCCAACUCGCAUAUUGUCAGUGCAGGAGGAGAUGGGAAGAUUGGCGUUCAUAAGAUUCAUAGCACCUUCACUGUCAAGUACUCGGCUCAUGAACAGGAGGUGAACUGUGUGGACUGCAAAGGGGGCAUCAUUGUGAGUGGCUCCAGGGACAGGACGGCCAAGGUAUGGCCUUUGGCCUCAGGUCGGCUCGGGCAGUGCUUACACACCAUCCAAACUGAAGACCGAGUCUGGUCCAUUGCUAUCAGCCCAUUACUCAGCUCUUUUGUGACAGGGACGGCUUGUUGUGGGCACUUCUCACCCCUAAGAAUCUGGGACCUCAACAGCGGGCAGCUGAUGACGCACCUGGGCAGUGACUUUCCCCCAGGGGCUGGGGUGCUGGAUGUCAUGUAUGAGUCCCCGUCCACACUCCUGUCCUGCGGCUACGACACCUAUGUUCGCUACUGGGACCUCCGUGCCAGUGUCAGGAAGUGUGUCAUGGAGUGGGAGGAGCCCCACGACAGCACCCUGUACUGCUUGCAGACUGAUGGCAACCACUUGCUGGCCACUGGUUCCUCCUACUAUGGUGUUGUGCGUCUGUGGGACCGGCGCCAACGGGCCUGCCUACACGCCUUCCCGCUGACAUCGACGCCCCUCAGCAGUCCUGUGUACUGCCUGCGCUUCACCACCAAACAUCUCUAUGCCGCGCUGUCUUAUAACCUCCACGUCCUGGACUUUCAAAACCCGUGACAGUCAGGGCCGCCCCAGCCUGUGGGCCAGGGAAGCCAGCUUCUCAGGGACCUCUCCUGCCUGGAUGGUGCAGUGAUACCUCUUCCCCACCCCUGUGCCUGUGCUCCCAGACCUGUGACCACAGUGCUCAAGCCCUUACGCUAAAGGCUGCAAACUCCUGGGGACUGGGUUACCCAGAGGUGCAGUCCCUCCCAGGAACCAGUUGGAGAGAAGCGACCUUUGCUUGGGGAGAAUGCAGCCAAACCCACGGGGCCUUGCUUCCCUGUCGGCCAGAGCAAGGAUGUGCCUGGAGAGGCCCACCAUGCACCCCGCCUCUUAGAGCAGUGAUUGCUUAGUGAGGUAAGGCGCCCCAGCCUUUUCAGUGGUCCCUUUCUGCCCUUUCCCUGGAAGGAGGGGUGAGGCUGCCCGUAUCCCUGCUGGCACCAGCCUCCACCUCCUCAGUCAGACACCACCCUUGACCAAGCUCUUGGGGUUGUGGACUCAUUCUUGGGGCACUGUGGCUUGGUCUCACUUUGAAACCAAGAAAGGACAAAGGGAACCCAGCAGUUUUGAGUGAGUUUUGAGGCAACCCAGCCUCAGGCCAGCUGUUGAGAUAUGCUACAAUGUUUGUUUUUGUAAAAAUAAAGCUUAAUUGUUCACAGA